AUGUCAUCAUCAUCACCCCCACGACCACUGCCACCAUCAUCUUCAUCACCGUCCAGCUUUCCCUCCCCAGCUCAGAUAGCUACAGUCAGUAAUGAACCAUGUCUUCAAGUUAGUGAGAUAACCCCUACAGUAUCUCUCUUACAAGGUAGCCGACAUUCCACAGCACAGACAUUUCAUGUCCUUAAUAUUCCUUUCACGUCGGCCACAGGACUUGUCUAUACAUUUACAGAAAACAAUACAGUGAGCAUUCAGCAAUUCCUGUCUGCUGUGAACCCUCAGGAUAAAGAUGGCAAGGGUGGGGCACAGAUCCAGCAACAGGGCCCAAGACUGCUUGUUGCAGCUGCAAAUGUGAACCAUGGACAAACAAUAAGUGGGCCGCAAUUUCAGAAGUUUAGCUUUGCACAAGCAAUUCCUGCAACUAGCGCAGUUGCUAAUAAAAUUGCAGCAGCUGUCAAAGUUGACCAGGGAGAGAUAACUCAUAACCAGGAAGAGAAAAGUAUGUCUUUAUCGACAUUACCUGUGACAUUCACAACCAGCCAACCCACACAGCCACAGGCUAACACGGUUGCUGUUGUUGCACCGACCACAGGAGUUGUUCCUGCAUCUGUGACUGUGGGAACAGGGACUGCUACUGUCAGCAACACUUCACAGCCAAUACAAUUUCAGAGUGAUGUCACAGCUCCAGGAUCAACCAGUUGCUUUCCCUUUACCUACAAUGUAAAUAAAUUUAUCUAUCUAUCUAUCUAUCUAUCUAUCUAUCUAUCUAUCUAUCUAUCUAUCUAUCUAUCUAUAGGAAGUAUGGGUCCCCCUGGAAAUAUUCGUUUGCCGGAAAAUCAUAAUACUACUUCAGCAUUUGACCUGUUUGAUGGUGAAGGCAAUAUGAAUGGUUCCUACAACCUUGAGGCAUUGCCCCCACACAUUUCACUGCAAGAGCAUCAUGGGAACUUUGGUUCUGGCAUCACUGAAACUAAUGAUCUUAUAAUUGCUGAAUCAGAGACUGCUCUACAUUCGGCAGGUGGUAACCGCAUUUCCACUGAGUCCUCACCAAUUCGAGCUGUUGGAACCUCUACUGGAGGCACUCGUGGCAAAGGACGUUCACCCAAAGGAUCCAACUCUACUCGCCCAACUGUCCAGUGUCCAAUCUGUCAGAAGACGCUCAACAACUCCAGUGCCUUGGUAAAACACAAGUUGACGCAUAGUGAUGAGCGCAAGUUUGUCUGUCAGAUUUGCUCUAAAGCUUUCAAGAGACAAGAUCACUUAAAUGGACAUUUAGUUACACACCGUGCUAAGAAACCCUAUGUAUGCAGUGUGGAAGGGUGUGAUAAAAGUUACUGUGAUAACCGCUCCCUUCGACGACAUUUAGAGAAUCACCACAACAAGUCAAGUGAAGUCAGCGGUGCUGGAGGAAACAGUGUCACUGGUACUAGUGUUGUCUCUGCGUUUGCCAACACGCAGCCCAAAUACUUUCAUUUUGAUACAGUGCAGCAAGUGCAACAGCAGCAGCAACAACAACAGCAGCAGCAGCAACAACAACAACGGCAACUACAACAACAAUCGCAGCAGCAGCAGCAGCAGCAGGUACUGCAGCCUGCAUCAUUUGAUACAGCUAAUUGGCCGCAGGAUCAUAUUUAUAAGAAUAAUCAAUUUGUUAGCCAGAAUGUGGUCAGUCAGGCACCUGGCCAAAGCAGUCCAAGGACAGAGUCUGAUCAUUCUCCUGGUUAUUUACAACAGAUCAGUCCAAUCAGCCCAGCCCCAUUACCUAACCAGUCUGCAACAACUCUACAGUUAUCAACCCAACAACCUAACACUUGGUGCAAAGCAACAAAGCCUGGACCUGAAGCAAAACCUGUGAAUGGCGAUGAUUCAAAGCCAAUCAAAUGCAACACUUGUGACAAACGGUUUAAGAAUAUCCCUGCAUUGAAUGGGCACAUGAGACUUCAUGGUGGAUAUUUCAAAAAGGUUAAGGACUUGAACAUUAAAGACAUAAAUGUGAAAGACAUGAAAAAUGUCGUUCUGAAAGAAGGAACAAAUCAAACUCUGACAUUGACACCUGACCAACAAGUGCAGCAAUUUUUACAGCAGCAAAUACAGAAACAAUUGCAACAGCAGCAACAGCAACAGCAGCAGCAGCAACAGCAACAACAACAGCAGCAACAGCAGCAGCAACAACAGCAACAGACUGUUGCUGGUAUCCAGGCAUUAGCUGAGUCUUUCCAGAAAGCUGUCGAUCAGUCAAGACAGGCAGCAGAGCAAACGUCUGUUACUGCCCAGCCAAUUGUUUUCCAAACACAUAUCCCAUCCCAAAUAUGCCAGACUGAAGGGAUUGCACAACAACAACAGCAACAACAACAGCAGCAGCAGCAGCAACAACAGCAGCAGCAGCAGCAACAACAGCAGCAGCAGCAGCAACAACAACAACAGCAACACCAACCACAGCAGCAACACCACCAACAACAACAACAAAUCCAAAUUCAGCUGGCAUCUGGCCAAGAACUAAACCAGUCUCAGAAUGCAGCCUCAGAUUUUCAUACUGAAGAUUUCCAGCAAGCAACACCACUGCACCAAAUCCAGCCGACCAUUCGUCAGACACUUGAUGCACUUACUCUCCGCACAGCCACAGUAGAGGCACGUCCGACCAGCAAUGAUCCCUUAGAGCCAUCUCUAUCUGUGGUCUAUACACAGGCAAAUCUAUCCAGAUUUUCUAUGAUUGAGACCAUUACUGCCCAGGCUGGGACAAACAGCCAACCUCUGGCAUCUUUUAUCCGUGAUGGAAAUAUCCAGUCGUUUCCUUUGCUUCAACUAUCGACCAAUACGGCCCCAUCUCAGGUCUCAACUGAACCCAUCCCAACUAUUGAUCUGAACAGGAUUACAAACUCUGUUUCGCUUAAUUUUGAUCCGAAUAACUUGUCUGAGCCAUUACCGACUCAUCAGCAGUCACAAGAACAGCGUGUGGAGACAUAUCCCGUGUCCCAAGAGUCUUCCUCUACACUGAAGUCUGAAAAUCAAGUUCUUGGUGACAUUACCAAAUCAAAUCUGGAUGCGAAGGAUUCCUUCAUGUUUUCCUCUGAUAACCAAACAUCCUUGUUCCCUUUUCCCGCUCCAGGCAAUACAAUAUUUGAAGACACAUGUGGGACAGAGGAGCUUGGUCACAGAUCCAAUCUAACUGGUCACUUCCGACCCAUUGCUUCUGACGAUGAUCAUGACAAGUUGUUGUCUGAAUUUGACAGCAACCUCUCAAUGAAAACAAUGAACUCAAUCUUGCUCCCAGAGUCUGGCAUCGUCUACUCAAGGAGCUCAUCGUUGAUUGAGCUGGAAAAGAACCAGAAAAAUGGGGAGGACCAUAAGCUCCAGCGAUCUAAGAGUGAAGACCACACAUUCAUGCGCCCACAAAACCGAAAUGAUGACAUUCUCUACCGGCCACGCAGCCGAAACGAAGAUCCGGUCAGUGGGAAAUGGCGUAGCCACAUUAGUGAUGAACUUUUAUCGAAAACGGAAAGUGGUGGAAUAUUCCGAAAUCCUAAUCUAGGAACAAGUCCUGUCCGUACGAAACGAAAGCAUCGUCCGGCUCCUCUCAUCAUACCGCCAUAUGUUAGCAAUAGUGGAUUCCAGAGCCGACUACGAUCACCAAGGAUACGAGAUGGGAAUGAAGUCCGUACAGUCUCUCCUCCCCCCUACACACCUCCUCCCAUGCUGAGUCCUGUUCGAAGUGGACCUGGUCUGUUUUGUAACAUUCCCACACCUUACAGAUCAGCGUCCCCUCGGUUGACGCCCAGUAUGACUGCACGCAUGCCGAUAAUGAGCAGAAGGACCAGCAUUGGCCCUUCCCCACAAGAAUCUCCAAUCACUGAAGAAACCCCAGAGCCUGAGGCACCUCCAGAAACUGACAUUCAACCACAUGUCAAUAUUGGUCCAAAUUACCAAGCUGAAUUGCCUCCUUUUAGUUAUGAUCGAAGUGCUGUUUUUGCUGUUGAGCCAAAAGAGGAUUUGGUUUGGCAUCCAUCUGUGUUGGAUGACGUAUAUUAUGAAGACGUCAAAUCCUAUCAGGAAUUGGCCAGUUGUUCUGCUGUCAAAGGGAAUGGAUCCAAUGUAGAAUACGCCAUGCAUUUGCUGUAUAUGACAAAAGGGGAUAUUCAGGACGCCCUGCUGAUGUUGAUGGGGGAUGUACCAAAAUUGCCAAAAUAUCACCCCUUGUUAUCAUUUAUAUAUCAAGAAAAUGAUUACUGGACCACAGAAGAAAUUGAGGCCUACAAUGCUGCCUUGAUGAAGUGCGAUAAAGACUUCUUUAACAUUGCCAAAGAGGUUAAGUCGAAAACAGUGAAGCAGUGUAUUCAGUUCUAUUAUCUGUGGAAGAAAGUCUGCCCAGAUGAAUAUAAAAGGUUGAGAAACAUUCGCCGGAAAAAGGAAAAUGAAGCCACGUAUCGUCUUCGGAACCAGCAGCGAGAAGAACCUCCACCCCCACCUCCGCCUCAGCGCGUUAUCCAUGAAUUUCCAAAUGAAUUGACAGAAACGGUCGAUAAAAUUGAGGGGAAUUCUGAUGGACAGAUGUCUGUCUCUCCAGUAGAAACCUGCAAAUGUGAAUUUCCUGACUGUGGUUUCAUGUUCAGCUCAAGGCAAGCACUGAACAAUCAUGCCCGCAUACACAGUAAACCUGUCAACAAUACGAACACCACAACCACCACCACCACCACCACUGCUGCCACGAUCAACAAUGUUGAAAUGGCAACCAACCCCCUUGAAAGAUCACCAUCUGGAACAAGCAGUGUGAAAACAUCCAGUGUUGUAACAAACCCAACAUCCGUUGCUACUACCACAGACUUCCCCUGUAGAUUAUGUGGAAAAGUUUUUACGAAGAUCAAAAGCCGCUGUGCUCAUAUGAAAAGUCAUCGCAUUGCUGAAGCUGAACGGAAAGUGGCCAAAUUUCAUGCAGUUUCAGAAGGAUGA